GCAGAUGAGAGAGUCCACGAAACCAAGUAAAAUCUUUGUUACUAUGAAUCCUUUUUCCCUCGCUUCCUUCGUUUGGUGGGUCUCUCUGGCUUCCUCCACAAUCCACCCCAAAGAGAGGAAUAGACUACGAGUCGAGAGGAAGAGUCCAAAAACCGACGACUUCCCCGCUGAAGAUCCAGUUUUUAUCCCUCGUUUCCAGCUUCUCGGUUCCACUGGGCCGAAUUCAAUUCCCUCCCUUGCUGAAAUUGCCUAUUGGUUGUUGUGAUCUCCCCGGUUCCUUCUGUUUCGUCGAUACGUUGCCUCCGCUGAGAAAGGUGGGAUCUUUACUCAUAAUUUGAGAUGGACAGCGGUGAUUGGAAGGAUUCUGUGGCGGCUCUCGGUGCGCUGUAAGAGGGGAGAAGAAGAGGAGAGCAGCUAUGAGCUUCAAGAGAGGAGGAGGAGGUCGCGGCGGCGGUGGGGGAGGAGGAGAGUUGUCGGCAAGGGGAAUGGUGUCCAUGACGUGGACCUUCUUGCUUUGCCUUGGAAGCUUUUGUGCUGGUCUACUCUUCAUCAACAGUUGGACAAUGCCUGAAGCAAAGGACAUCAUCAGGACAACGGGAACAGAAGAUAAUAAGCUGAAUCUAGUUGCCAAUAACUGCAAUCCAAGAACAAUUGACAAAAAACAAGAGGCCAAAGAUAUCCUCGGCAAAGUUUCAAACACACAGCAAGUUAUACAGACACUUGAUAAAACAAUAGCGAACUUAGAAAUGGAAUUAGCAGCUGCCAGAGCCACACAGGAGUCACUAGUCAAUGGUGCUCCAUUGUCGGAGACUCUAAAGGCUACCGAAUCUAGGGCACGAAGGAAGUAUCUGAUGGUUAUAGGAAUUAAUACUGCAUUUAGCAGUCGUCGGAGAAGAGAUUCAGUUCGUGCAACUUGGAUGCCUCAAGGCGAAAAGAGAAAGAAGCUGGAGGAAGAGAAAGGUAUUAUUGUUCGGUUUGUCAUCGGUCACAGUGCUACAUCUGGUGGAAUUUUAGACAAGGCAAUUGAAGCUGAACAUGCAAAGAAUGGGGACUUAAUGAGACUGGAUCAUGUUGAAGGCUAUCUUGAGUUAUCGGCCAAAACUAAAAUAUAUUUUGCAACUGCUGUUUCUAUGUGGGAUGCCGAUUUCUACAUCAAAGUAGAUGAUGAUGUACAUGUAAAUAUUGCAACUCUUGGUGAAACUCUGGCCAAGCACCGUUCGAAGCCUCGGGUAUACAUUGGAUGUAUGAAAUCUGGUCCAGUCCUUGCUCAAAAGGGAGUGAGAUACCACGAACCUGAGUAUUGGAAGUUCGGAGAAGAAGGAAAUAAGUAUUUCCGGCAUGCUACUGGGCAGCUAUAUGCCAUUUCAAAGGACUUGGCUACUUACAUAUCCAUGAAUCAGCAUGUGCUUCACAAGUAUGCAAAUGAGGAUGUUUCACUGGGAUCAUGGUUUAUUGGACUAGAUGUUGAACAUAUCGACGACCGCAGACUAUGUUGUGGCACCCCUCCAGACUGUGAGUGGAAAGCCCAGGCAGGCAACAUCUGUGUUGCCUCGUUCGAUUGGAGCUGCAGUGGCAUCUGCAACUCAGCUGAAAGGAUCAAGGAGGUUCACCGGCGGUGCGGGGAAGGCAAAAACGCUCUCUUGAAUGCAGUCUUUUGAGAGAAGCAUCCCUUUUGCUUGUUGACAUGGUGGCGCGUUACGUUGCAUCUAUACAAACAUGUUCUCAUCGCGCAAGUAUCAGAGUUUAAAGAGAAUGAUCCCCAGAACAGUGAGAAAGUGAGGAAUACAGAAAGUGAAAGAGAGGAGAGGGAGUGGCAAUUCUCCCCCGACAUUCUUUAGAGGUUCUUGAUGACCAAUUUUUUUGUAUCUUACAACUCAUGUUAAUGGGUUCAGGUGUAAUAAGUGCUGGUCAUCCUAUAGAUGACUUUUCCUUC